UAAACCUCACUGCAAGAAACAAUUAAUGUUUAUAAAAAUGACUUUCAUAUAAGAUGCUCAAAUCAGAUUUUUGGCACGUUCAAUGAAACGUUCUGCAGACUGCACAGCAAAACAGCACAAUGACUUUUCCAAUCUCACCCAAUUCAAUUUACUUCUCUAUGUGGUUUUAAGUCGGUAAUACAUAUCCAUGCACCGGAUUUGAUCUCAUGGAUUAAAAUCAGCAUGAAGGCAGGUUGCGUACCUGUGCCUAGAGCAAUAACCAGAUUUUUCUUUCUUUCUUUGCACUCAUUAUUUUGUCACUGUUUUCUGUGUCGAAUACAUUCAGAAUCAUUACCUUUUUAAAAUCUAAUGCAAAGCUCCAUAUUGGUGCAAAAACAAAUGAUCGGCAUUUAAAUAGUUAAAAAAUAUUGUGUUCUAAAAUACACUUAAAAAGACUAAUAAUAGAAAGCGGGUAUCGUGUAUAUUAACCAUGUAUUUACUGAAAAUGCAUUUUUAAGUUCAUUUUGAGACUGCAGUGUCCUUAGGUGCUCCGUGUCCUCAAAUGAUGGCUUCGUUAAACAUUCACAUGAAUUGGCAGAUAUUUGGCAUGGUGCUGCAGGCAGAGGUUGCCUCUGUAUGUUGGGCUUUUCCCUCUUUUGUCUGUUUAUUGCUUCAGACUCAACUCCCGAAUCCCUGAGUUCUUACCGUUGCCAUGGCAACAUGGAGCCGCCGUGCCAGCGGGCUCGUGCCUCCAAGCUCGUUGAAUGUGUGAGGCGUAAUCAGACGCUCGUCAGCCAGACACUGCCCAGUUUGUUCAUUGGGGGCUACAUGGCUGCUAAGGUCAGUAAGCUGGAGGAGCAGUUUAUGAGGGAUGCUCCAAGGGAAAAGCAAAAACUGGGGACCUCAUCCAGCAUCUUCAACGGAGUGGCUAUCCAUGUUAAUGGCUACACAGAUCCCAGUGCAGAUGAGUUGCGCAGACUAAUGAUGUUACAUGGAGGACAGUUUCAUGUGUAUUACUCUCAUACCAAAACUACACACAUCAUUGCCACCAACCUGCCUAAUUUCAAAAUACAGGAACUGAGAGGGGAGAAAGUAGUACGGCCAGAAUGGAUCACUGACAGCAUAAAGGCAGGGCGGCAACUCUCAUAUCUGCAAUAUCAGCUAUAUGCAAAGCAGAAAGGCCUAAACUUUACUAGUGUGUGUCCUCGGAAAGUACAGGAGCAAUCUGGGUUGGGUCAAGGGCCAUCCCAGUUCAAUUUCAACCUACCACAACCAAGUGACCUCCAUAAUUUCACAAACCCAGCUUUCACAGUUCCUCAAACAGUGCCAUCAAAACCUUCUGAGAAAACCGUUCAGCAGAUGGUAAACAGACUGAAUGGCUCCCCUAUAAGUGUCUCUAAGGAGGAAGGCCCCAAACUUAAUGGGGUUCACGAUCGGCACACAUGUAAAGUAUCAAAGGGCCAUCUGCAAAAAAAUGGUUAUUUUUAUCCUCUGAAUGGUGCCUUAAAAAAAGACAAUGUUUCUUGUUCAAAAUCUAUACACCAAGAAGCAGAUUUCAGGUGCCCUCAACCAAAAGGCUGUUCUUCUUCUAGUGGUCUUGCAUCCGAUUUUACAGCAUCCAUAGCCAGCACCUCAUUACUAGCCAGCCCAUCAAGGGCUAGUCAUCAUGAGCUGCCCUCAGCAACAGUUGCAGCUCUUCAAGAAGAGCAAAUAGAUUCAGAUUGGUCGCUUGGCCAGAGUAGCCGAGUCAGACUGAACGGGAGUCAUCAUAACACAUCUAACAUCACCCUAACAGCCAAACAGUCAGCACAGGGCACGGAGACUGGGAUUAUCUCAGAGUUCUUCUCUCACUCACGGUUGCAUCAUAUAUCUACAUGGCGGAAUGAGUUCUCAGAGUAUGUGAAUACACUUCAGAGCAGGCGACGGGCUGCUGGGGGUGUCGUGUUUUCUGGAAAAGAAAAGCUAAAGAAGCUUAGAACCGACCACUGUGCAGGUACUUCUUUUAUGCCUGCUCCUCAGGUAUAUAAGUCCUGUAUUCUGCAUGUCGACAUGGACUGCUUCUUUGCGUCAGUGGGGAUUAGACAUCGACCUGAACUUGGAGGGAAACCAGUGGCUGUGACGAGUAAUCGUGGGCGAGGGCUUGUUCCUCAGCGCCCUGGUGCCAACCCACAACUGGAGUUCCAGUACUAUCAGAAGAAGCGAAACCAGCACCGAGCAGGAACAACAGGUGAUGACAUUGAGCUGACCCCUUCUCCAGAGACUGAGGAAACUGUCUGUAAUGGAGUAGAGCAUGACAAGGCUACUCUCUCUAUGGCAGAAAUUGCUUCCUGUAGCUAUGAGGCCAGGCAAGCUGGUGUGAGGAAUGGCAUGUUUUUUGGUCAGGCUAAACAGCUGUGUCCUGAGCUGCAGUCUGUUCCCUAUGAUUUCCAUGCAUACAAAGAGGUGGCACUGGCAAUGUAUGAAACUCUGGCCAGUUAUACAUUUAAUAUUGAGGCUCUAAGUUGCGAUGAGGCCUUAGUGGAUGCCACAUCCCUCCUGGCAGAGCUGGGCAUCACGCCAGAUGAGCUGGCCACUGCCAUCCGCUCAGAUGUGAGGGAGAAGACUGGCUGUUGUGCCUCCAUUGGCAUGAGCUCCAACAUCCUCUUGGCUAGGAUGGCAACCCGAAAGGCAAAACCAAAUGGCCAAUAUUUUCUCAGAUCGGAGGAAGUGGAUGACUUUAUCAGAGAUCAGCCUGUCACUAGCCUGCCUGGGGUGGGACGCUCUAUGAGCAGUAAGCUAGCCUCCCUUGGUGUCAAUACUUGUGGGGACCUGCAGCAGUUGUCCAUAGUGCGCCUGCAAAAGGAGUUUGGCCCACGGACAGGACAGACUCUCUUCCGCUUCUGCAGAGGGCUGGAUGACCGGCUUGUACGCAAUGAAAAAGAAAGGAAGUCUGUAUCUGCCGAGAUGAACUACAACAUUCGCUUUACAACCGUAGAGGAGGCAGAAACAUUUCUGACUAACCUGUCCAUGGAGGUUCAGAAGAGAUUGCAGGGGGCAGGACUUAGAGGUCGCAGAGUUACCAUGAAAGUUAUGAUGCGCAAAGCAGGUGCUCCUGUGGAGCCUGCCAAGUAUGGAGGCCAUGGCAUCUGUGACAACCUGGCAAGGUCUGUGUUGCUACCUCAUCCCACGGACUGCGGGCAGCUCAUAGCAGCUGAGGUCAUUAAGCUCUUUCGUGCCAUGAAGCUUGCUGUUAUAGACAUGAGAGGAGUGGGACUGCAGAUGCACCUGCUGGAGAGCUCUCACUCAGACGCUGGCCCAUCUCGAUUCCGCACUAUCAGAGAAUUGCUCACAAGUAGACGGCCCACGUUCAACCAUAGCAAAGAUGUUCAAAAAACAGAUGAUUUGUCUAGAAUGUCUUCCAAUCAAAAGGAGAUUUUCUCUCCUACCACAAACUGCUGUACUUUUUCAGAUUCUAUGCCUGGGACAAGUAAAGGGGGACCUUCUGUUGCACACUCACCCAGCCACUCUCGAGCAGACCUCAACCUCAGCAUAGAAGUGCCGUCUCCCUCUCAGGUGGAUCAGUCUGUGCUGGAUGCUUUACCUCCAGAGUUGCGAGAACAGGUAGAGCAAGCAUGGAACCACAAGCAGGUACCAGAUACCUCAUUUCACCCAGUCACAUCACAGCAAUCCUUUACAGAAGCACCCUCUGUGCUGCUUGUCCCUGACCAGCCUGGGCAAACAGUCAGCACAGGCAUCAUCCUGGAACUUCCUGACUUCUCUCAGGUCGAUCCAGACGUUUUUGCAGCACUACCCAAGGAAUUACAGGAGGAGCUAUACUCUGCUUACAGGCGCAGACAAAAUACUCAGGCUCAAGUAGUGGAACAAAGGAACCCGCUCCUUUACCUGAAGCAGUCUGCAGUUAACAAGACGAAGCGCCGCUAUAAGAGGAAAAAUGCCAGUCCUGCCAAGAAAGGCACAAGUCCGUUGAAGAGACUUAUCCCUGGAAACAGUCCUGCAAAAUCCAGUCCCUCCAAAACCAUCCCACUCUUGCUAAAAGGCAAAGAAGCCCUCGCUGGCUUCAAGAUGGAAAAUGGACCACCUUCAUCUACUCUGAGCCACCAGGUGCCUGAAGAGCUACCCAAAUGCACGACUCGCCCUGUCCCCACCUUAGCCGGAGCUUUUGAACUCAGCGAUGUUAGAGCCCUAAUGCGAGAGUGGGUUACUACCAUUUCAGAGCCUAUGGAGGAAGACAUUCUGCAGGUGGUGAAGUAUUGUACAGAGCUAAUAGAAGACAAAGACCUGGAGAAACUUGACCUGGUCAUCAAAUACAUGAAGAGGUUAAUGCAGCAGUCGGUGGAGUCUGUAUGGAGUAUGGCCUUUGACUUUAUACUGGACAAUGUGCAGGUGGUGGUACAACAGACCUAUGGCAGCACCCUGAAAAUCACAUAGAAGCAUUUGUGAGGUAUGCUCUUGCUUCUGACACUGUGACAGCUCGAACCUGCCCUCUCACCAGGAGAUUAUAGAGGCAAUAUUCAACACUGGUGGCUGCUUCCAUGUAUCUCCCAGUUGCUUUUGAAUGAGCGCACUUUCUUUGGAUCAAGCCUUUCUCCAAGGACACAAAGAAGUUUAAACAACUACAUUUUCAACAGCAAUUUGUAUUGUUAAGGCAACAGAUUAUUUUUGUAGCAACAAGAGACACGGUUGUAAGACGAGUUUAUCAGCAGCAGUUUGAGACUUAUGUUUGAGUACAGGAUGACACCAUCUGUUAGCCUGGUUGUAACAUGAAACUCUUUAAAAACUAUCCUGAUGUCAACAUGCCACUUCAGAGGAACUCUCUUUGUUUUUUUGCCCUUUGUUGCUCUGAUCUAUUUCACGAGUGCUAUACCAACACCAGAAUUAUAUGGCAAACAUGGUAGCAUGGUAUGGGGCGAUUGAGGAUUUUUCCUCUAAAACAGGUCAAGCCUAAGGUUUGACACAAAAAAAAAAAAAACUAGCAUUUUGUAACUCUCAAGUGCCAGAUUUUGUAAGAAUAUUAUGUAGAUAACUACAUGUAUGUAGAUGACAAUAUUUCUAAAUAUUCUUUUAUUUGUAUGUGUGUAUAUAAUGUUUACAGCAUUUUGUCAUGUGUAAGAGAAAAAUGAGAAAUGAAGAAUAAUAUAAUUGUAAUUAAUCAUUUGCCAAAGUCCUUUUUCAGAUUUUCAGACCAUUUCAUCAUGUGUGUAUGAUCAUUUUGGGUGGCCCGUAGAGGUUUUCAUCAACUCCAGAACACUUCGUAAUUAAGCAGUUUUGAAAAUAAUUGUAAUCUUCUCAUAGUGCACCUGUUGUAUUUUCAUAUUUUAUUCUGCCACAAGUAUACAUAAGGGAAGGCCUGGAAAUCUAUUUGGUCAGCAAAAUCUGUCUCAAAUUACUGACCUGUGCCUGAAGACCUGAAGCUGUGAGACCAUUUGUAUGUUGUUGUUUUUUUUUUUUUAAAUUUGUUAAUAAACUUGGAUAUCUGCUCUUCAUGCA